GCAAGUACAUGAUGUGUUUGUGUGGAUGCAGCUACAACAGUUUUCGCUGCGAUGCUAAAGAAACUUACAUUAAACUCUUCCACAUGAUGGAAACCUUUCAGUAUAUUUCUGGACUUCUUGUGAAAUAAACUGGGAAGUUAAAUUACAAGUACUGCACUGUUGCAUUAUGGAGCUUGUGAAAUAAGAAUCACAUGCUCUGUCAAGUGCCUUCUGGCGGCUUGAGAAGGAAGAAGUGAAGUGAACCGACCUGUCAAAAGCGCAGCAGCAGUUGCAACACUCGUCGUUGCUGAAACGAGAGAUGGACAUGGCGGCAGAGCACGAGCAAGAAACGUUAGAAAGCUGGUUAAAUAAAGCCACAGACCCAUGCAAUUUAAGUGAUAGAUGGGACUGUAUUAAAGGAUUCUAUGAACAUCUUAAUAAAGAGCAAGAUGGGCCGCAAAUUGCAACACGACUUCUUGCACAUAAGAUUCAAUCACCCCAGGAGAAGGAAGCAUUACAGGCCCUAACAUUAAUGGGACUGGAGGUUCUUUACACUGGAUACAAAAAGCAGGUACUAGAAGCCUGCAUGAAUAACUGUGGGACACCAUUUCACAAGGAAGUGGGGAAGUUCCGUUUUCUAAAUGAAUUGAUCAAAGUUUUGUCACCAAAGUAUUUAGGCAUGUGGAGUACAGAGAAGGUGAAGUUAAAGGUCACAGAGUGUUUUUAUAGUUGGACCCAGUGGCUGAAGGAUGAAGUUAAGAUCCAGGAAGCCUAUCAUAUGCUGAAGAAAAAAGGCAUAGUGAAGCAAGACCCAAAGCUUCCCAGAGAAAUUGCGAUUCCGCCCCCUUCUCCACGAGCUACAGGCUCCAUCUUUGAUGAUGAAGACAAGACAAAGUUGUUGGACCAACUCCUGAAAAGCCAAAACCCAGAUGAUUUACAGGCUGCCAACUUACUGAUCAAGAGCACCAUCAAGGAGGAGCAGGACAGGAUGGAGAAAAUAAACAGGCGCACAUCUGCAGUGGAAGACGUAGAAAAUGCCACAGAGCGACUGAAAGAAUUACUGAAAAAGUGCAGGAAGGCUGUGACAUCUCCUGAAGUCAAGGAGGAAAUUAAGAGCUUGUAUGAGCGAUGUGAAAAGAUGAGGCCCAUUUUAUUCCGCCUGGCAAGUGACACAAUUGACGACGAUGCAGCUCUAGCUGAAGUCCUUCAAGCCAAUGAUAAGUUGAUUUCUGCUAUUAAUUUAUAUCAGGAACAGUCUCAAAGAAAAGUAGCAAAUGAGACAGAUUCACAAGAACUCUUCAGUAGCAAAGCUCCUGCGAGCCAAAAGGAUAUAAAAACAUACCAUCUAAUUGACCUUUCAGCACUGGAUAUUGGACAGGCAGAUGUAAGCCCCCCAUCUAGGUCUGUGCUUGACAGCAGCCUCCUGUCUUUAUUGGAUGAACAGCUCAUGUCCUUAGGAUUAAAUGAUCAAGAUCUGGAAAUGACGAGUCACAGUUCUGAAUCACUCCAUGACAAAAUGACUUUGUCUUGGAGAAACACUGAUGAUUGCUCAAUGGGGAAAACGGUGUGGGACAGGGCAGAGAAAAAUGUGCUCAGAACUCAGGGAUCCACUGGGAAUGGUAGCAGUGGCUCAAAGAAAAAAUCUUCACCAGAUCCUUCCUCACCAACAUCCCAGCACAACUGGCCUGUUCUUCAACCUAUGCUGCCUUUGACUGACAUACAGAAUCAACCAGCCAUUCUGUCAGAAUCACCAAGUCAUGAUACGUCCUUAUCCAGUGUCUUUGUUCCUUUAGAGUCUAUACAGCCUAGUAGCAUUGCGCCUAUCAAAGUUUAUGACAAGGAUGGGGUCCGUGUUAUGCUCCACCAAGCAAAAGACCCUCCUGCUGGAUGUCCAGAUGUGGUUGUUAUGGUGAUCUCAAUAUUAAGCACCUCUCCCAUUGCUAUCAAAAACAUUGUUUUCCAGGCUGCUGUUCCAAAGAACAUGACUGUGAAGCUACAGUCAGCCACAAGGUCAGAGCUUCCAGCCUACAAUCCUCUCCUACCUCCAGUUGCCAUCUCUCAAGUUCUGCUUCUCUCCAACCCAUUCAAAGCUAAGGUGCGUCUAAGAUACAAGCUGACAUUCACCCAUGGUGAAAACAAGACCAGCGAAUUUGGAGAAAUUGAGGGUUUUCCUGAAACAGACUUCAUGUGUGAUUGAUGAAAAGCAGUGGAAUUGGGAAAGGGUGUGUCUUUGUAAGAACUGGUGACUUCUUUACAAACUUCUUUUAUGAAACCCGUAUGAAAUGAGUGAAUGUAAGAAACAAAAUUAGAGUUUGCAGCAGAUAGUCAUUUGUUUUAUUGGUGCCUUUUAUUUAUAUAAACUUUUUUAUUCCUAAAAGAAUUUAUUCCCAGUGUGACUGCAAUAGUGCAAAAGACCUGCUGCCUGUUUGUCCACAGAUGGUCUUGGCUUGCUGUGCUUGUGUAUGUUACUAAUAAUACCUCCGAGACCAGUGCCCCCCGCCCCACCCACCCAAGGCAUGAAUGACUUGUGGAAGUGCUUAUUUGAU